UAUCAACAUGCACAAGUGGUUGUGUCGUUUUGUGGAUUUUUACGCCACCGGUAUACGCGUACUCGAAUUCUGAUCAUUUGAAAUCUAAUAGUUGGGAUUCGAUAACAUGCGUUCGUGAGUGCAGGAGAAUCACACCAAACAGAGCCGGUGAAAGUUUUACGACUUGUUUUCACAUGGAGGCAUAGUCGGGCAAGAGACGAUUGACGAAUCUUGAAGAGAAAAAUAAAAAAUGGUGUCUCAUGCUGAUAAUGACACUGGUACAUCUCAUGUUUUAUUGCCGGUUUUGCUCAGUGCAUUCGCCAUUCCCGUGUCUAUGUUAUUUUGGAUCGUUAACGUUGUUUAUUCUAUUUUGUCGCCCGAUUCCGACUACCACGCGGAAGGUUAUUCUGUGAUUUCACCGUGGAGAUGGCUCGCCGCAGUUAUCAUACCAAUAUUGUUUUUUCUCUGGGGCUUGAGAAGACGCAGCGUUGAUCUCAGUGGUGCCAUACUAGCGCUGUUCAUGGGAUUCAUUCUGACUCUGACAAGUUUCGCUCAUCUCGCUUGCGUCGGCGUAUUCUUCAUAAGUUCAUCUUUAGCUACCAAAUUUCGUGCUGAAAGAAAAAGAAAUCUGGAUGCCGACUACAAAGAAGGAGGACAAAGGAAUUGGAUACAAGUUUUGUGUAACGGAGGAAUGGCUUCUCAAUUGGCUUUGCUGUAUUUAUUGGAUGUUGGAUGCGGCGAACGUCCUAUCGACUUUUAUAAAGAUUACCGGAGCUCAUGGCUGUCCAUUGGAAUAUUGGGUGCUCUGGCCUGCUGUAAUGGUGAUACAUGGGCCUCGGAAUUUGGCACUGUCAUCGGCGACUCGGAUCCUUUUCUGAUUACAACACGAAAGAGAGUACCACGAGGAACUAACGGUGGUGUUUCCUGGGUCGGCCUCAUCUUGUCACUGUUGGGCGGGAUCGUGAUAGGCCUUUCGCACUAUCUCACAGUUUUGUACACCGUAGAUUCAGUCAUUUUACAAACAGCUGCACCACAAUGGCCGAUAAUUAUGAUUGGUGGAUUCGCUGGAUUAUUCGGGAGUCUUUUCGAUUCUGUUUUAGGUGCUACCUUCCAAUACUCAGGACUCAAUGAAGCUGGAAAAGUCGUCGAGCAUCCAGGAAAAGGAGUUAAACAUAUUUGUGGUAGACAAAUAUUAGACAAUCAUAGUGUUAAUCUUUUGUCCAGCAUUGUCAUCGCUCUGACGCUGCCGAGGAUAGCCAAUAUUAUUUGGCCUUGAAGGUGAAGUUAUUAGUGUUUUUAAAUAUUCACUUAUAUCGCGUAAUAUGUUUCGAAUAACGGAUAUAUUGUCGAUAUUACCUUAAUAUUUAAGGAGAAUUUCUAAGAUUUUUAUAAAUUUGUUCGAAUGACUAGUAUUAAAUUUAUAUGCAUACAUUAGUAAAAAUAAUAAGUUUUUAAUUUAUUGAUGUCAAUAUGUUCUGGAACUAGUUUUCAAACUCGAAUUCAGAGCACUCCGGUUGAAGAAACGGCAUGAAAAGUUCUACAAUUUUCUCAACUAUUGAAACCAUUUUUCUUUAUUGUAUCCACGAACUUUCGACUCAUUUAUUCAAAUCUGGAUCUGAAAAAAAUUGAAAAUAUAUUGCAUCCAGUUCUCGACUCCAGCCGAGUUGAGUAUCAUGGUCAAGGAUGAAAAUGCAUGAUCGGCGAUAAUGUCGCGAUCAGCUGUUCCAGGCGGUGUUUCAAGGGUUUCCUAUUGAAUUCGCAAAAAGCUUAUUUGCAGGAAAUGACGUUUUUGGUCGAGUGCACUAUUCAUAACAAAAAUGAUUUCUGGGAGUUCUGUAUUUGGUAAGGUAGAGACGACAGUCCGCCGUGAAGAAAAUUUCUCGAUCAUUCAUAGUAAAGUAGAGUAAAGAGAGGAUCUUUGAACACUGCUAAUAUUCAUGAAAUUUUCGGCUGUUCGGUUUUAACACACAUAUGGAAAAUAAUCCUGAAGAACUCCAUCUCUUAAUAAGCACUCAGUCGAAUUAGAGAAAACAUUGACCAAAGUUUUUUUCAUCACUUGCAUCAAAUAUACUUGAAGAUUUAUUUUUCCUCCUUUUUCCGAAGUAAAUACAUAACAUAUUAUUUCCAUUUACGCAUACAGCUUGAUACACGUUUUGUACAUUUUAAUAUUUCGCACGUAUUUACAAAAUCUCACAAAAUACUCAUAUUUAAAAUAAUUUCUUACAGUAUAUUUUUUAUUCUUUCAUCGUAAGUACACUGGGAUAUUGUUUGUUAAGUUUUGACUACUUUGACACAUUCACAGACGGGUACGUUCAAUUGUUUUUUAGAAAUAAUUCGUUGAUUAUUCGUCUGAUGGUUUUUUAAUGGAAUUAUUUUACAGUUUGCGUAGUCUCCGAAAUUUCACCAUGAAUUAUUUUGUCUUUCCGUAACAAAAGAACAAUUUGUAUUUUAGAACUUAGCACCUUUAACAUCGGGCCGAAAUGAAUCGUCAAUGAAGCAGUACAUUUUUUUCAACCGGUUCAACGUACGUAAACAGUGUCUAUGAAUGUGAUGCCAGUUUUUUUCUUGUUGAACAAUGGUAAUGCCUGUUGAGAUUUAAAAUAAAAAUUCUAAUUUCUCAAA